AUGUUUUCGUUCACUCUCUUUUCCCCUCCCUCUUCCCCACUCUCUCCAUUCCACCCCGUUCCUCUUCCUUCAGCCGCCCAGCACCCGUCGCCGUUUCGCUACAACCGCCUCCCUCCCGACGGCUCUGUCCUCCCAUCACCCUCCGACUCCGAAUCCAGCCCCACCUCCUCCCCUUCCGCCUCCGCCCCCGCCUUCCGCGCAUCCCGCUUCAACGCCCCCCCUGCCUCCUCCGCAUCCCAUUCCUCCCCGCUUUCCGCCGACUCCCUCUCCCCUUCCUCCCCCUCACCCUCCUCCCCUCCCCCCUCCUCCCCCUCCUCCUCAUCAACCACCAUCGCCGAUCUUCCAGACGACUGUCUCGCGCUCGUGUUCACGCACCUCACCUCGCCUCGGGAUUGGCUCGCAGCGGCGUGCGCGUGUCACCGCUGGCGCUACGCAGCCAAUGACGGCAUCCGCACGCUCUCGCUCUCAGAAUCCGCCAUUCACAGCCUGCCAGGUGGCCUAGCCUGCGGCCUCCACAGAUUUCGCCAGCUGGCGUCUCUCGAGGUCCCCGCGCCCUGCCUCUCCCCCGGGAUCGCCUCCACGCUUGCCACGUGUCCGCAUCUGACGGCUCUGCAUCUCGUGCCGCUACGGCGCGUUCUCGCGCACAAGUUCACCCGGCACGAUGUUUUUCCGCUGCCCGAGGAGCUCGGGCAGGUCACGCAGCUGCAGUACCUGAGGGUUAUGAGCGAGAUGGUGGCUGAAAUUCCGGAUUCCGUUUGCCGCAUGCCCGUCCUCCGUACGCUGCAUCUGGACUCGUGCCUGAAGCUGAAAGCGCUGCCCGCGGGAAUCGGGCAGCUUGCUGAUUUGGAGGAGCUGAAGAUCACCGAGUGCCGGGCUAUUUCGGAGCUGCCCGAGUCUCUGGGCAGCCUGCCGCGGCUCCGGACGCUGGUCCUCAACCAGUGCACAAGCCUUGCGAAGCUGCCCGAAUCCCUCUCCUCCCUGGCUUCGUUGGAAACUUUUGAGGUCGCUGCAUGCAACAAGCUGAACCAGCUGCCCAAAGGGUUUUCCCAGCUGCCCAACCUCCUGGUGCUCCGCUUGACCGGGUUUGAAACUCUCCAACCGAUCCCAGAAAUCGCAAUAAAAUUUCUCGACCUGCGAGUGCUCCACUUAGGGUGGGCGGCAGCAGAUGUCCCUUUCUCUUGGUCCCUCUUCCACGACCUUCAAGAUCUUUCGCUCGCCUGCCCGCUGACCGAACUCGACGAUCUCAGCCUGCUGCCCCUGUCCCGGCUCACCUCACUUGAGAUCACGCACUCGCGCUACCUCACCGCCCUCCCCUCCUCCGUCUGCUCUCUCUCCUCACUCACUCUCCUCCGCCUCAACGUCUGUUCUAAGCUCGCUUCCCUCCCCACCAACAUCGGCUCAUUGACUUCCCUCCGCUCACUUGAGAUCAAGAAAUGCCUGUCUCUCUCCGCUCUCCCGGAUAGCUUGGCGAGUCUGCUUUGCUUGGAUUCUGUCAUAAUCAAGGACUGUCAUUCGCUGAAGGGCCUGCCCAAGGAUUUCGGGCAGCUGGGGAAUCUGCGGUCCAUGCAGCUGGUGAACUGCCCGGUGUUGCAGGACCUGCCCGCGUCUUUCGGGCAGCUCUCGUCGCUUCAGGCGCUGGAGAUCUGGAACUGCAAGGCGCUGGUGGGUCUGCCCGACACUUUCGGGCAGCUGGAAAAGCUCAAGAAGCUUCGCAUGAUUGGCUGUAGCUCGGUCCUUGCCCUGCCGGAGAACUUUGGGCAGCUGAAAUCUCUUGAGUUCCUGGAGCUGCUAGACCUUAUGCGAGUAGACACCCUUCCCGGCACAUUCGGCAAUCUUUCAGCUCUGCAGUCGCUGACCCUUCGCCUGCCCGGGAUCACACAGCUGCCCCCUUCCUUCGGGCAGCUUGCGUCGCUCCAUUGGCUUGUGCUGCUCAGCAUGCCGAACCUUUCCAACCUGCCCGAGACCUUGGGUACUCUUUCGGCACUCAAGCAGCUGGAGUGUGUCUCCUGCACGUCUCUCCGCCAGGUGCCCGAGUCUCUCGGGCAGCUAAUGAAUCUUUCGGAGAUGGACUUUCAGUGGAUUCCCGUUCCAAGCCUUCCCGCUUCGCUUGGCUCCCUCUCUCGACUUCAGUCUCUGCUGCUGACCGGGCUGACCAACCUGCGUGCUCUGCCCGCAUCCAUCGGGCAGCUGAAAAACGUCAAGAAGCUGAAGCUGAUGAGCCUGUCGCAGCUCUCGACUCUGCCCGACUCGUUUGGCGAGCUGACCAGCCUCCGAAUCCUCGUCAUAUCCCACGUCCCUCUCACCGCCCUCCCUGCAAACUUCACCUUCCCCUCCCUCCUCUCCCUCACCAUCUCCCACACCAAACUCUCCACCCUCCCACCGUCCUUCUCCUCUCUCACAUCCCUCCGCAUGCUCCACAUUGCACACUGCCCCACACUCCGCGCCCUCCCCUGGGAUCUCGGCAACCUCUCUUCUCUCCACACCCUCCGCCUCCUCUCCCUCCCCCUCCGCUCGCUCCCUGAUUCUACCGGAUCCCUCGCCAAGCUUCAAGAGCUUGAGUUGCAGGACCUUCCGAUCUGCUCGGUGGAUUUUCUGGGCAAGAUGAAGCGGGUGCGGAAGGUGACUAUAAAAGGUCAGAGAGUAUCGGCGAGCAGAAUUAUGGCGUCGGACGAGUCGUCUUCGCGCGUUCAGCUCUACUCUCUGGCCACUCCGAACGGCCAAAAGGUGAGCAUUGCGCUGGAGGAGAUGGAGAUACCGUACGAUGCGCACACGAUCAACAUCAUGAAAGACGAGCAGUUCACGCCCGAGUUGAUCGCCAUCAAUCCCAACAGCAAGAUUCCCGCCAUCGUGGAUCCCAUGGGAGCGCCUGAUGGCACCCCGUUGAAGAUAUUUGAGAGCGGGGCCAUCCUGCUGUAUCUGGCGGAGAAGUCGGGCAAGUUUCUGCCGCAGGAUGCCGUGCAGAGAUGGGAGACCCUCUCCUGGCUCUUCUUUCAAAUGGGUGGCGUCGGUCCCAUGUUUGGCCAGUUCGGCCAUUUCUUCAAGUACGCGCGCGACAAGUGCGACCACCCGUACCCCACCGAGCGCUACACCAACGAGGCGAGGAGGCUGCUGGGGGUGCUGGAGAAGCGGCUGGAGGGGAGGGAGUUCCUCAUUGAUGCUGGUUACACCAUCGCUGACAUGGCCAUCUUCCCCUGGGUCAUAUGCCUCAAGAAAUAUUAUAAUGGCGAGGAGCAGCUGAAACUGGAGGAGUUUCCAAAGGUGCAUGCGUGGACAGAGAGGUGCCUAGCUCGGCCACGCACUGCCAAGGGAAUGAAUGUUUGCCCUUUCAGUUGA